AUGGAUAAGUGUAAACCGAUAGACACACCCAUUGAGGCUAAAUGUAAUUUAGUAAAACCAGAAUGCAUGAAUGAGUCAGAAAUGAAUAAAUAUCCGUACCAGAGUUUAAUUGGAGCGUUGUUGUAUCUUGCGAUAACUACUGGACCAGAUAUAGCAUACGCGGUAAAUUUCUUAAGUCAGUUCAAUACCAAUUACAAUGUAGAUCAUUGGAAAGCCGCGAAAAGGGUUUUAAGGUAUUUGAAGGGUACAAUAGACUACGGGUUAAAAUUUGAGCAAACCGGAUUAGCUUCAUUUGCAGUUGUAGAUGCUAACUGGGGAGGGGACUCAAUGGAUCGUAAGUCGUAUACGGGAUAUGGAUUUAUUCUGGCGGGAUCUGUUAUUAGUUGGGAGGCGCGAAAACAGAAAACAGUGGCGCUCUCAAGUACAGAGGCAGAGUACAUGGCCGUAGCGGAGGCUACGAAAGAAGCAUUAUAUUUGAAAGGCUUAUUAGUUAGUUUAGGUAUACAGGAAGACUCAGAAAUUGUCACGAUACUGAAUGAUAACCAGAGUGCAAUCAGUAUGAUUAAGAAUAACGUAUAUCACCAGCGUACAAAGCAUAUAGAUGUUAGACAUCACUUUGUAAGGAAUGAGUAUGCGUGUGGAGUGAUAGACGUGAAAUAUUUAAGCACAGAGAGAAUGCCAGCAGAUAUGUUUACUGAAGGUCUGAGUGGCAGUAAACACAGGAAAUGUAUGAGUAAUAUAAAUAUUGUAAAUAGUGUGUGUGAGAGAUUGGAUUAG